AUGAGUGACUCCUCCAGCCUGGCUGAAUCCAAGAGGGCGCACACUUCUGCCUAUGUCGUCAUCCUCAUCUUUCCCAUCCUUGCCACCAUAGUCGUAUGGAUGAGGAUUGUGUCGAAGCAUCUUUCUCGACUAUUGGGAACAGAUGACAUUGUGAUCCUUAUUGCCUGGGUGCUGGCCGUGGGCCAAACAUACGCAGUAUGGAUGUAUACCAAGGUGACGAUGCAAGGAUAUCAUGUCGCCGACAUACCCGAGAUGUCGAUUGAAAGACAGAUUCUUGGACAGCGCUACAACCUUGCGAAUCAGUUGCUGUAUCAUCCAAUCCUGUCCAUCGUCAAGAUGUCCGUGAUCCUGUUCCUGCUUCGCAUCGACGACAAACGCCGCCGAGUCGAUUGGUCGUUGAAGGGUCUUUUCGUCUUCAACGUCCUUCUCAUGGUCAGCACCUUCUUUGCCGACCUUUUCCAAUGUACGCCAUGGCGCUAUACCAUCGAUUACCCUGCCAUGGAUUUGGCAGCACAGAAGGCCGCCGGUGCCGAUGAAGAUGGAAUGCUGAAUGGAAAGGAAAUCAAAGGUGGCCAUUGCAUUGACCAAGCUGGAUUCUUCCUUGCCGCUGCGGGAUUGGCGGUCCUGACGGAUGUGUUGAUUCUGAUCAUUCCCAUGAUCAUGGUCAAGGACCUGCAGAUGCGGAAACAGAAGAAGGUUGUCGUGUGGGCAAUCCUGUCGAUUGGAUGGGUCGUCGCCGCCGUCAGUGUUGCCCGCUUUGGCAUCUACGUCCACCGCUUCAGCCCGAAGAACAAAGAUCGCAGUUACGGCAUUGGCUACACCAUCUCCGGAGUCGAGAUAAACUUGGCCAUCAUCGCAGCUUGCGCGCCGGCAAUGAAUGGAUUGACGAGACGAGUGAUGCCGAAUUUUCUUUCCUCGGGAAGGUCCAAAUCGUACAGCAAGAAGAAAAGCUAUUCCUCCAAGUACAACUCCCGAUCUAUUCCCCUGAAUUCGAGAGAGCAGCGGCGACCAAGCCUCAUGGACCACCAAAACAGCUGCACGGAUAAGGAGAGAGAAUACAGAAUACAGAACAUGUCGUUGGGUGUCCCUGACGGCUGGGACAGCGAAGAGAGAAUUGUUGGACCCCCGGAAAGCACCAAAUCGAGUAAUGAUGGAGAGAGCGACAUGCCCCUUACUCCGGUAUUUCCACCGGAGGAUGGCAUCAUCCGCACGGUUAACUAUACAGUACGGGUGCAAAAUUCCACGGAGCUUAGGCACUGA